AUUGUUGGAGCGGGAUUACUGAGCAAAAGCAAGCAUUGAGUCUUCAGGUGUUAUUGAUUUUGCCAUCAGAUUGGAAACGUGUAACUUGAAGAAACUUCCAGCCUGCAGUGAGGCAGGCAGUGAGAUAUAAAAGCUCACCUAAUAAAAGACAUGGGCUUCAACUUAAGUUUUCACCUUUCCUACAGAGUCCGAUUACUGAUACUUUUUACCUUAUUCUUGACCGUGGUUGGUUGGGCCACCAGUAGCUACUUUGUGGAUGCUAUUCAAGACAUUCCUAAAGCAAAGGAUUUCAUGGCUAACUUCAAGAAGCCCACAGUUUUGCAGGAAGAAGAAAUUUUGACUAACAAAGCACCUGUGAAAAAAGCAAAACUUGAAAACUGCCCUUCUGUGUCUCCAUACCUCAAAGGCCAGAGCAAGCUUGUUUUCAAACCAGAUCUCACUUUGGAAGAAGUACAGGCAGAAAAUCCCAAAGUGCACAGGGGCCGGAGUCAUCCUGAGGAGUGUAAGGCUUUGCAGCGGGUCGCCAUCCUCAUUCCACACCGGAACAGAGAGAAACAUCUCAUGUACCUCCUAGAGCAUCUCCAUCCCUUCUUGCAAAGGCAGCAGAUGGAUUAUGGCAUCUACGUCAUCCACCAGGCUGGAAGUAAGAAGUUUAAUCGAGCCAAACUCAUGAAUGUGGGUUAUCUAGAAUCUCUCAAGGAAGAAAAUUGGGACUGCUUUAUAUUCCACGAUGUGGACCUGGUGCCCGAGAAUGACUUUAACCUUUACAGGUGUGAGAAUCAGCCAAAGCAUCUGGUGGUCGGCAGGAACAGCACUGGGUACAGGUUACGUUACAAAGGAUACUUUGGGGGUGUUACUGCCCUAACCAGAGAACAAUUUUUCAAGGUGAAUGGAUUCUCUAACAACUACUGGGGAUGGGGAGGCGAAGACGAUGACCUCAGACUCAGGGUUGAGCUUCAUAGAAUGAAAAUAUCCCGGCCAAUACCUGAAGUGGGCAAAUAUACAAUGAUCUUCCAUACCAGAGACCAAGGCAAUGAGGUGAAUAUAGGAAGGAUGAAGCUGUUACAUCAAGUGUCACGAGUCUGGAAAACAGAUGGGUUAACUAGUUGUUCUUAUAAAUUACUGUCUGUGGAGCACAAUCCUUUAUAUAUCAACAUCACAGUGGAUUUCUGGACUGAUCCAUGA